AUGAAGUUCGGAUUCCUCACGAGGCAGGGCGGCGGCUGGAUGCGUCGCUAUCUACGCGUCCGCAAGGAUAUCUUACUUGCACAAUGGACAACACCCGAUCGCUAUCCCUGUGCCCCCAUAAGCUUGUUUGACUUCAGCAACCACGACGACUAUUUGGAUGCCAUCAAAGUUCACGAAAAGGAUCAAGAUGGCUGGAGAAUUUCCGAUGAUCGGGUGAUUGGUGGGUUUUCUGAGGCAUCCGCCUUUAUGGUUCGGACGAACAACGACCUGGCCACAAUUGCGUCAGGAGAAACCCCGAAUCCGGUUCUAGACGCUCAACAAUUUUACGAUGAACAAGACGUGAAUAAGAACGAAAGCACAAGCAAAAAUAAAAAGCCCCUUACCUCUUUUCUUCGAUGGCAAGGGACAAUUGACACAGAAAUUGGUUUACAAAGCGAUGCGCAGAGAUCGGGCUUUGCUGCGUUACGUUCGCCUGAAUUCUUUUAUGGAGGAGCCAACCUUUGCGGCUUGUAUUCAGCGCUGGAGCUACUUUGUCGAACUGAUGGAAGGUCCUACACGAUCAAUUUGAAGGUAGCCAGCUCGAUACCGGAUGACAUCUACCAAGGAACAGUUGAAAUACCGGCCUCUAGCGACACCUUUAGCAGCAUUGUCCUUCCAUUCUCCGAGUUCGGUUUAACUGCACGUGGCAGAGACAGAGAGAUUCAUCGCGAACUCGAUGACGAUGUAUCUUUGGAAUCGAUCGGCGUAGCACUAAUGGACGGAAGAAAUGGCGACUUUCGCUUUGAUCUAGCAAAAAUUCGUGCAGUAAACAUUGUAGAUGGAACACCCCAUCACAAAAUAGUCUCAGACCGCGACACAAACUGA